AUGGCGGCCAACACGAGUAAACUCGACUACUUGAACGAAAUGCGAAAAUAUUUUGAAAUUAAUGGAAAAACUAAAGAUUUUAUAGCUCAUAACUCCAAGGUUCAUUCUGUGUCGUGGAGUUGUGAUGGCAGGAAGUUGGCAUCAGGUUCGUUUGACAGAACGGCGUCGGUGUUUCURUUGGACAAAGAUCGUUUGACUCCAGAUAACAAGUACAAAGGUCACAAUGAAAGCGUUGAUCAACUGUGCUGGCAUCCCACCAAUCCUGACUUGUUUGUGACUGCUUCUGGGGACAAAACUAUCCGAAUAUGGGACACAAGAAGUACAAGGUGUGCUCAUGUUGUAAAUACAAAAGGAGAAAAUAUCAAUAUUUGUUGGAGUCCUGAUGAAAAUACUAUUGCAGUUGGUAAUAAGGAUGAUUUAAUAACGUUUGUUGAUGCAAAGAGUUUUAAAGCAAGRCAUGAUGAACAAUUUAAAUUUGAGGUGAAUGAGAUUUCAUGGAAUAAUACAAAUGAUCUAUUUUUCCUUACCAAUGGCCAUGGCUGCAUCAAUAUCAUGAGUUAUCCAGAUCUGAAACCAUUACAAACACUGAAUGCUCACCCAGCCAAUUGUAUUUGUAUCAAGUUUGACCCUACAGGAAGGUAUUUUGCUACAGGAAGUGCAGACGCACUUGUUAGUUUAUGGGAUGUCGAUGAGCUGGUCUGCGUGAGGACUUUCUCCAGGCUAGAUUGGCCAGUUCGAACGCUAAGCUUUAGYCACGACGGUCAAAUGUUGGCUUCAGGAUCAGAAGAUCUCAUUAUAGACGUUGCAAUGGUAGAAACUGGGGAACGGAUAUGUGAAGUUCAGUGCAAUUCGCCCACGUUCACCGUCGCUUGGCAUCCAUCUAAACCUCUACUGGCAUUUGCUUGUGAUGAUAAGGAUAAACACGAUCGAGAUGCGGGGACAGUACGACUGUUCGGUUUACCAAAUAACUCUUAGUACGACCGAAGUGUGCCAUAAAGUCCGUCUGAACAAUACAGAUCAGGAGAUGGUCGGAUUGACCGCCACAGAGGCCUCAGCCCACAAUUUUAUCUUAGCUAAAAAGAUAAAUGAUGCGGUCGAAUUUUUGAGAAUAUAGACAAAAAAGACUCGUCUGUAGGUGUUUUUAUAUAUAUGUCAGUGUUGCCGGAAUAACAAGUAUUUUCGAGCAUUUACUUUAUUUUCUUUGCCAUAAAUGCACAAAAACGGCUCCAAUGGAUUUGAAAACAAUAUAUUUUUUUGUUAUCUCAGACGUAAUUUUUUUUCUUUUUCCUCGUAUAUUGAAAGUAUUUGACCAGACCUGCUAUACAAUGRCAGAUAGUCUGUAAUGACUUAUAAAAAGGUGGGCGAUUAAGCAGUUUUAAGUAGUUCAUUAUCGUUGAUUUACUCAGUUUAUUUUCCUCAAAAAYACAAAGRGGAAUGGAAGUAUUCAGUUGUGAACCGCCCACUUUUUUAUAUAUUCAAAGUACUGGAAGGCGACACUGUCAACAUACAAAUUUAUCUUUGUCUGUGCCUUUGUCUUUSUAAUGUGGUUGCUAUUAAACAAAGGUUUCACUCUAA